GCUGGGUCCCCCAUUCUUCCCGUGGUCAGCGGGGCGCGCGCGCGGCCAUGGAGCGGAGCGGGCGCCGCCGCCGCCGGCACUGAGGGGGGGAGACGCGAGAGGGAGAAGGGAGCGCGUCCGCCCGGCCCCCGCCCCGCAGAAUGGACUGCUGAAUUGGGAUUUAUUGCAGACUCAACUGUACGGAGCUGCUCGUUGCUUCAUCUAUUACUAGUUAUUUAAAUUGGACUUUUAAUAUCCUGCCAGCUGCUGUCCACACACACAUGGUGCAUUGUUGCCAUUCUCAGAAUUGCAUCUUUGAAACCCAGGCCCUCAGUAACCUUCAUCGAAGAAAGAGGCGACCUCCUGCGUGCAUUUGUAGAGGGAGUUUUUGGCCCUGCUGCCCUCUGGCUUUCUGGCUGGUGCUGUAUUUCUGAGACACUAUGGAGCCCACUAUGGAGUACUGCUUAGCGCAGGUGCUGCAGAAGGAUGUUGGAAAAAGACUUCAGGUUGGCCAGGAAUUGAUAGAUUAUUUCUCAGAUAAACAGAAGUCAGCUGAUCUUGAACAUGAUCAGACUAUGCUGGAUAAAAUGGUUGAUGGACUGGCCACUUCUUGGGUAAAUUCCAGCAAUUAUAAGGUGGUUCUCUUGGGGAUUGACAUCAUUUCCGCACUUGUGUCCCGCUUGCAAGAUCGCUUCAAGGCCCAGAUUGGCACAGUGCUGCCAAGUUUACUUGAUAGGCUGGGAGAUUCUAAGGACUCAGUGAGGGAGCAGGAUCAGACCUUGCUGCUGAAAAUCAUGGAACAGGCUGCUAACCCUCAGUAUGUGUGGGACAGGAUGCUAGGAGGGUUCAAACACAAGAAUUUUCGGACAAGAGAAGGGAUUUGCCUCUGCCUUAUUGCAACACUCAAUGCAUCUGGAGCUCAGAGUUUAACACUGAGUAAGAUAGUGCCACAUAUAUGUAACUUACUUGGAGAUCCAAACAGCCAGGUUCGAGAUGCAGCAAUAAACAGCCUUGUGGAAAUUUACAGACAUGUUGGUGAACGUGUAAGGGCUGAUCUCAGUAAAAAAGGAUUACCCCAGUCUCGGUUGAAUGUAAUUUUUACGAAAUUCGAUGAGGUCCAAAAAUCUGGAAACAUGGUCCAGACUUCAGUGGAUAAAAUUUUUGAUGAUGAAGACUCCGUGGAUGGGAACAGACCUUCCUCAGCCAGCUCCUCUACGUCUUCAAAGGCCCCUGCAAACUCACGCAGAGUUGGGAUGAGCACUACCCGCAGACUUGGCUCUGCAGCUCUGGGCUCCAAGUCCUCAACAGCCAAAGAGGGAGCAGGUGCUGUGGAUGAAGAAGACUUCAUUAAGGCAUUUGAAGAUGUCCCAACAGUUCAGAUUUAUUCCAGCCGGGAUCUUGAGGAAUCCAUAAACAAGAUCAGAGAGAUACUAUCAGAUGAUAAACAUGACUGGGAACAGAGAGUUUCUGCGUUGAAAAAGAUCCGUUCCUUACUUUUGGCUGGAGCUGCAGAAUAUGAUAACUUCUUCCAGCACUUAAGACUUUUGGAUGGAGCAUUUAAAUUAUCUGCUAAAGACCUGCGGUCUCAAGUCGUACGAGAGGCUUGCAUCACGUUGGGACAUUUGUCAUCAGUUCUGGGAAACAAGUUUGACCAUGGGGCAGAAGCCAUCAUGCCAACAAUUUUUAAUCUAAUUCCAAAUAGUGCCAAAGUCAUGGCCACUUCUGGUGUUGUAGCAGUUAGAUUAAUCAUUCGACACACGCACAUCCCUCGGUUAAUACCCAUCAUAACCAGUAAUUGUACCUCCAAGUCUGUUGCAGUUAGAAGGCGCUGCUUUGAAUUUUUAGACUUGCUGUUGCAGGAGUGGCAAACACACUCCUUAGAAAGACACAUAUCAGUGUUAGCUGAAACUAUAAAGAAGGGAAUUCAUGAUGCAGACUCUGAAGCCAGGAUAGAGGCAAGAAAGUGCUACUGGGGUUUCCACAGUCACUUCAGCCGAGAGGCAGAGCAUUUGUACCACACCUUGGAGUCUUCCUACCAGAAGGCCCUGCAGUCCCAUUUGAAGAACUCUGACAGCAUCGUGUCCUUGCCGCAGUCGGAUCGCUCCUCCUCCAGCUCCCAGGAGAGUCUCAACCGUCCACUGUCUGCCAAAAGAAGUCCUACUGGAAGUACAACAUCAAGAGCAUCUACAGUAAGUACAAAAUCUGUGUCAACACCAGGAUCUCUGCAGCGAUCCCGCAGUGACGUCGAUGUGAAUGCAGCAGCUAGUGCCAAGUCAAAAGUGACGUCUUCUGGAGCAUCCACCCCCUUCAGUUCUGCUGCAGCCUUGCCCCCAGGGUCAUACGCAUCACUAGGUCGGAUUCGCACCAGGAGACAGAGCUCUGGCAGUGCCACAAGUGUCACCUCAACGCCUGCUGAUACUCGAGGCCGCAGCCGGGCUAAAGUAGUUUCCCAGUCCCAGCCUGGUAGCCGGUCUAGCUCUCCGGGUAAGCUCUUAGGAAGCUCCUAUGGUGGCCUGAGCAGUGGAACAUCCAGAGUCCAGCCAGUGCCAUCAUCCUCAGAGAAGCGCAGCAAGAUUCCUCGGAGCCAGGGAUGCAGUCGGGAGACGAGUCCCAACAGAAUAGGCCUAGCACGGAGCAGUCGUAUCCCCCGACCCAGCAUGAGUCAGGGGUGCAGUCGUGAUACCAGCCGUGAGAGCAGUCGAGAUACAAGCCCUGCUCGGGGCUUCCCUCCACUUGCUUCUCGACGUCAUUCCAGGUCCACUAGUGCUCUCUCCACUGCUGAUUCUGUUGGGCAGUCAGACCGGUUUGGACUCGGACAGCCAGGCAGGAUGCCUGCUUCUGUGAAUGCCAUGCGAGUCCUGAGCACCAGCACAGACCUGGAGGCUGCUGUGGCCGAUGCACUGCUGUUAGGAGACUCCAGGAGCAAGAAAAAGCCAGUGAGAAGAAGAUACGAGCCCUAUGGGAUGUACUCUGAUGACGAUGCCAACAGCGAUGCAUCCAGCGCCUGCUCGGAGCGCUCCUAUGGCUCCAGGAACGGAGGCAUUCCACACUACCUGCGGCAAACUGAAGAUGUGGCUGAGGUCCUGAACCACUGUGCCAGCUCCAACUGGUCUGAAAGGAAAGAAGGGCUCAUAGGUCUUCAGAAUUUACUGAAAAGCCAGCGGACACUGAGCCGAGUGGAGUUAAAAAGGCUGUGUGAAAUAUUUACUCGCAUGUUUGCUGACCCUCACAGCAAGGUCUUCAGCAUGUUUCUGGAAACCCUGGUUGAUUUCAUCAUCAUUCAUAAAGAUGACUUGCAGGAUUGGCUUUUUGUUCUCCUGACCCAGUUGCUAAAGAAAAUGGGAGCAGAUUUGUUGGGGUCUGUGCAGGCAAAAGUUCAAAAAGCUUUGGAUGUCACCAGGGAUUCUUUUCCAUUUGAUCAGCAAUUUAACAUUUUGAUGAGGUUUAUUGUAGAUCAGACCCAGACACCAAACCUGAAGGUCAAAGUUGCUAUCCUGAAGUAUAUUGAGUCCUUGGCAAGACAGAUGGAUCCAACAGACUUUGUGAACUCCAGUGAGACAAGACUUGCUGUAUCUAGAAUUAUAACUUGGACUACAGAACCAAAGAGCUCAGAUGUGAGAAAGACGAUGCAUAGUUGGGUGGGUGAGGAUUUGCCAGCUAGGACAACUACAGCCUCCUCAGGGCCUGGUGAAGGAAACUUGGAAGAGAAAUGUAAACAGGCAGCACAAAUAGUCCUGAUUUCUCUCUUUGAAUUGAACACUCCUGAGUUUACCAUGUUACUUGGUGCCUUGCCAAAAACAUUCCAGGAUGGUGCUACCAAGCUCCUGCACAACCACCUCAAGAACUCCAGUAACACCAGUGUGGGUUCCCCCAGCAAUACCCUUGGUCGAACUCCUUCUCGGCACUCCAGCAGCAGAACCAGCCCCCUAACUUCACCUACCAACUGUUCCCAUGGUGGACUGUCUCCAAGUAUGCUGGAUUAUGACACGGAGAACCUAAACUCUGAUGAAAUCUACAGCUCUCUUCGUGGAGUCACAGAAGCAAUUGAGAAAUUUAGUUUCCGUAGUCAAGAGGACCUAAAUGAGCCAAUCAAACGUGAUGGGAAGAAAGACUGUGACCUUGUGUCUCGAGAUGGUGGCCUUGCUCUCCCUAGUGGUGAUGUCCGUGGGAGCAGUGACAUUGUGGAAGGUGGAAGGAUGGCUCUGGAUAACAAAACCUCCCUCCUGAACACGCAGCCUCCCCGCGCCUUUUCAGGGCCCCGUGCUCGGGAGUACAACCCCUAUCCUUACGCUGACACCAUUAACACUUACGACAAGACUGCCCUGAAGGAAGCAGUGUUUGAUGAUGACAUGGAUCAGCUUCGGGAUGAAGUACCCAUUGACCAUUCGGAUUUGGUGGCUGAUCUUCUGAAAGAGCUCUCCAACCACAACGAGCGGGUGGAGGAGCGGAAAGGAGCUCUCCUGGAAUUGCUAAAGAUCACAAGGGAAGAUAAUCUUGGAGUCUGGGAGGAGCAUUUCAAAACCAUUCUGCUCUUGCUGCUGGAAACGCUUGGAGACAAAGAUCAUUCGAUAAGAGCCCUGGCGCUGCGAGUCUUGCGGGAGAUCCUGCGGAACCAGCCAGCAAGGUUUAAGAACUAUGCGGAGUUGACUAUCAUGAAAACACUGGAAGCACAUAAGGAUUCCCACAAGGAGGUCGUCAGAGCUGCUGAAGAAGCUGCUUCCACCCUGGCGAGUUCCAUCCACCCUGAGCAGUGCAUCAAGGUGCUUUGCCCCAUCAUUCAGACUGCAGAUUAUCCAAUUAACUUAGCUGCCAUCAAAAUGCAAACGAAAGUCAUCGAGAGGAUUUCCAAGGAAUCGUUGCAUCAGCUCCUACCCGAUAUCAUUCCUGGGUUGUUACAGGGUUAUGAUAACACAGAGAGCAGUGUCCGGAAAGCCAGUGUAUUUUGCCUAGUGGCUAUUUAUUCAGUAAUUGGAGAAGAACUGAAACCUCAUCUCGCACAACUCACAGGAAGCAAGAUGAAGCUACUAAACUUGUAUAUAAAGAGGGCACAGACCACCAACAGCAACAGCAGCUCCUCUUCAGAUGUUUCAACGCACAGUUAAUGGAGAUCUGUGGACAUAUGUGUAGACUUAGAAGCAAUCAACGGUGCCUCUCAGAGACCUUUCUGCUACUCUUCACUGGCGCGCUCCAUCAGCUUAAGGAGGCCUUGCAGAUAUUUAUUGCAAUCAGUAUUUUAGUCCCUUAAAGCUUUUAUGUAGAAUCUUACUGGUAUUGAAUGUAAAGGAAGCAAGGUCUGUGUCGCAGUCUUCAUUAAAAGUGAACAUCAGAAAGCCAUACUUAAACAUAUUUGUAUAGCCUGCUGAAAUCUCAGAAAUAUGUUUAGGUUAGCAUUCUAACUCCGAGUCCAAGAUCCCGGACACAUGUAAAAGUCAAACAAAUCUUGUUGGUUUAGUUCAUACCCAGUUUUGGUUUCUGUGUGCUAGUUACCUGCUCUCUCCCCCCACCCAUUCUGGCUGGGUCCUUCUCUUCUUUCAAGUCUUGUGUUCCUGUUUUGUACUCCCUGUUGCAGCUUGUCUAACUUGCAGGGCCCUCCAUGGGGAGAUCUUUGCAGGUGUGGCUGUGAUUCCAGCCUCAGAUGCUUUAAUACUGAGAGAUACCAAGUGAGUAAUGAAAAUAUAGGUUCUUUUUAAACAUCUGAGUUUUGUACAUAGUUCUGACAGACCCUGGAUGAGGUGAUCUCUCUGUAACUGCUCUCCAGCCAGCUGUGCUGUGCAUAACAGCUGGACUUGUGCUCUUUUCAUUGGCUUUGUAAAUACUUCUCCCUUCUCAACCCAUUUGGCUCUUUCAUAAGUUCAAAAGACUCUCUAGGUUACCUUUUACUCCCCAAAGGGAACCUGAGACCCAGUUCUGGGACUGAGGUCUGCAAAUAGGGUGGUGGGGUUAGGUGGGUGGGGUUGGGUUGUGCUCUGAGCGUGUCAGUGGGUGGGCAGUGGGAGCUGGUAGAGCUGUACCUCAGUGCCAGCUGUUUUCCUUGAAAUCUGUAGCAUCAAAGGGCUGAUCUACUGCUCUGACUGACCCACUGAUGCUGGAUGGCUUUGUCCCCACAACUCCUUUGCACUUUCAGCAAAAUGUACAUCCCAGAGGACAGAAAGGGUGUCUGAAUCUGAACAGAAAUACCACAUGGAAGCCCCUCUGAGCCAGCUGGGACAGUGCUGGUUGCCUGCCACAGCCCGUUCUGUUCCUGAACACCCUGCAGUGCUGUCAACUCCCUUUAGAAUUCUCCUUUGUGGCCAUCUCCAUGCAGAGGUGCUGAGUGCUCUGCAUUUCAGAGGAGUGGGGGUCCCUCACUGGGCACUGCUGGCAGUCAGGGUGGUGUGGGUGAGGGUGCAGCAGGAAAAAUCCUUUUGCAGCCUAAUGACUCCGACCAGGUCAGAGGCAAACCAGCAGCAAUCAAAUACCCUGUGGCACUGCCCUUCCCUGAACAGAGACCCUUCUGUUUGCAAAGGGGGAGCUCCCCCUGGCUCUGCCUGUAACCAGGGAAGGCAGAAGGUUGCUAAUUUACGUGCUGUGUUUGGCCCUGGGCUGGAUCCUGGCUGAUGGGCAUGCCCACCCCAAAACUGCCAUGGAUCACAGCUGGGGUUUUGCCCCUGGUGCCACACAAGGAUGGUGGGCUGUGGGCCUGCAGCUUAUGGCUGCAGCUGUGGUGAUGCAUGUGCAUUCCCUGGCUGCCCUCUGUGCCCUGGAGUCUCUCCAGCUUCCUCCAUCUCCCCUUUAGGGAGCUGAAGGGACACAUUGGCAACAUACCGAGAACAUGAGACUCCAUUACUGCAGCAAGGGAGGGUAAAGCCCCUUCCAUCAUUCUUCCUGUGUGUUUCAGCCCCAUCCCUGAGGAACUAAGCUGAGAGCUGACGCUUGGUGCCAGCUUUUCUCCCAGUCCUUGUCUCAGGAGGGAUUGGGGCUAGUGGAGGACUGUGGCACUGGGCUGCAAAGUUUGUUGGUCCCUUUCCCUGCUCACCUGAGAGCAGGGGAGGCGACCUGCUCCUGGUACAUACAUGUGCAGGCUUUUGCUGGCUGCAGGACUAGUUCCCUCAGCUUUCCCAACCAGUAAUGCUAUGGCAGGAGAAACCGUGUGCUUUCCUGGGGUGUGGGAUUCCCCUGGGGUUUUUACGCAGGCUCAGAAAAGCCAUCCUCACUUAAAGGGGGGAUUGGCUGCUCCAUGGUUCGUGUCUGCCUUUCCGUGGACCAUUUAUUUUUCACAUCUUUCUGUAUGCUUGUUAGAAUGCUCUUUUUCGAUUUUUUUGAAUGCUUCAAAUUUUAUUUUAACACAAAUUUAUUUUUCCUUUUGAGGAAAUACUCAGUUGACUUGUUGGCAGCAGUUAAGCUGUCUUGUUUGAAUUUUUAUUAGCGGGCUAGGGGAUUUUUGGGGUGUUUUUUUGUUUUGUUUUGUUUUUUUAAUUGUGCUCUUAACUGCUUAGUAUUUAUGCCUCUCUUUCUCCCCAUCUCAGCUCAGCAUCUUCUGUUCCAGUUCUGGGGUUCAAAAGGUCAGCAUAGCUGACCAGGUGGUGUUAGUCCCUCCCAGCUGUGAUGGAGCUUGGUCUAUCAUCAUUUGCUGUUUGUUGGUCUUGAUUUUUUUUCUUUCCAUUGAAUGGCACACUGUAGCAAAUCUCCAGGAAUUGAAUUCCUUCUCAAAUGAUUUUAUAUGUUUUAUAAAAUCCUGUUGGUAUGCACUGAGAGUGAACACACUGUAACGUCCCUGACACCUCAGUCGGGGUCAAAGCUCGUCCUUGAAAAGGCGCCUGCGGCCAGCCUGCGCUUCCCAAGGCCACUGGCACGCCCGGGGCUGCAAAGGGUAGACUCAGGCCUUACUUCCUGAAUCAGAUUCAGUUCUGUUUGUCAACAGAUGCUCAUUAAUGUGCUACUUAAUUCCAUUGCGUGAGUCGAGGACUGUCCAUCCUUUGAGUACUCUAGGAUAUGUUCUACCUGUACACAGUAGGAGCAUUCUGCUUAGGUAUUUAUGAAUCAUUGCGGAUAAUGUACAUAGUUAGGGUUGUUUAGUAUGUUGAACAUGACCCAGUUUUUUUUUUUGUGUUUCCUUUGAAGUACUCAAAGGGCUAGCUCUGAAUGUCACCUCUCUGAUCUCCAGUUUUAACUUCAACAAGCUGUACAAUCAUCUUGUUCUCUCUUCAGCAAGCAUAAAGGUCUCUCUGGCUACAAAUCACAGUGUCCACGCACGCUUGCAGAGGAAGGUCUGCAUGCUGCAGUGCCUCACUGCUCCGGUGAAGCUUGUGUUCACCUUCUCCUGGCAGUAGCCACCUACUGCAGCUGCCUUUUUUUUUUCUUGCUGCCCAUUAUGCAGGGCUUCAAUUUUUCGUACCUUUAAAAAAAAAAAAAAAAAAAAAAAAAGGGACAAAAAAAAAAGAAAGGAAAAAAAAAAGAAAAACAAGUGUAUUUUCUUUGUCCACCAUGCUUUAAAAAUCUGAAUGGGAGAAAACUCUCAGCAGACAGCAGCUCUUGGCUGCAAGGUUGCCGAAAUCUCAGAUGUGGAUGUUUUUUCUGCCAUUGGCUGCACCAGUGCUCCGUGGGCAUGGGCAAGUCCCAGCUCCAUCUGCCCCACAGGUCUACGUACUGUAGUUCUCAUGUAGUUCAGAAAUACCGAGGCAUGUGGCUUUCUUAAGGUACACUAUGUGUGCUUGCCUGGAUUACAAUACAAUACGAGACUGUCUUUUUAACUGCUUAUUACUAGCUUACCAAUAACCUGUAUAAGUAAUGUAACUUGCAUCUUUGUCAUCAGAACUUUUUCUCCCCACCCCUUUAUUUAUCAAGCAUAAUAUUACAUAUUAAGGGACAGAAAAAUAGACCUUUGUAGUACACAGCAGGACGUUGCUAACAAUGUUUUAAAUGGGAAGUAAAAAAAGCUCUGAAAAAUGCCAGCCAUGAGAAAUGACUUUGUUGGCACCGUGUUCAUGCGCAUGUAUUUUUUUCUAUUUUUUCCGCUUUUGUCAUGUUACAUCCAUAUCUGUAUUUAUAUCUUAUUUGUUUCACUUUUGAGUGUAUCAUGGCAAUUGUACAGAUGUUUUUUGUUAACAUUUACGUGAUAGAAUUUGCUAAAAAAAAAAAAUUAAAAUAAAACCUUUUGAGUUUGCCCUAGAAUAA